AAAAAUAAAAAUAAAAAAAUAAUAUAAAUAUAAAAAGGGCCAUGGAAGAAAAGAAGACCAUAGUAUUGCUAGAGCCUAAGAAGGUGUUCGGGCACAGUCCAGAUCAGCAUAUCCUGAAUGUGAUCAAGGAAGCUUGCCAGGAUGCAUUCAACCUCCCUUCCUUUGAUACGACCUUACAAACCAUAAAGUCCCAUUUUUUCGACCGCAAUUAUGACGCAGUCUUUCAGAAUCCGGCCCAUCUACCCGUCUACAGUGCACGGUAUGCACCCAGCCGGGCCCUUUGCUACUACCACAUGUUUUUAGAGCAUCCAAUCUUGAUGAAGAAGCUGGAGCAGACGCCUUCAACUAUAUUAUGUAUUGGAUCAGGUGCAGGAAGUGAAUUGGUUGGGAUUGCGGCUGCUAUGGUCCAUGCCACACCCAGCUCAAAAAUCAAAAAGAGUACAAAAAAGAAUACGACGGAUCCUGAGAAGAAGAAGAAAAAGAAAAAGGAUGAUAAGAAAGAAAAGAAGAAGGAGCAGGAGGAAAAGAAAGAAGAAGAGGAACAAGUAGGAGAAGCAGAGGCAGAGGCAGCGGAAGAAGAAGGGUCCAAAUCAACAGCAGCUACGGUAGUGGCAGAAGUAGCUGUGGAGUCAAAAUUAAGUACAGCAGAAGGUAAAGAAGGAUCAUCUUCUAUUAAUGGAUCAGGGUCGAAUAGUGAGGUUGCAUUGGAGGAUGGUCUGAAGAGAAUGGGCUUAGCAACCGAAACAACAGAUCAAAAUAGCAUUGCCACAGGAUCCGAGCUUACAAACUCCGUUCCUUCUGCAACAACAAUAACAACCACUACUCCUACUACUCCCACUACCGUCAACAGCGUCAAGGCAUCAAAAGCAAACAGACAUCAAGUAACUGUUGUCAUGCAGGAUUAUGUUGAUUGGUCACCAAUUCUGGAGCCCAUGGAAAAUGUUAUUCGUGCUAGGAUGCAACUGGGCCCUGAGCGGUUACAAUGCGAGACUGAGAUUGGGAACGUGUUGGAUCUAUCGGACGGACUGUUGGCUCGCGUGGCAAAAGCAGACUUGAUCACGUUUAUGUUUGUAUUGAAUGAGCUUUUUCAGGAUAAGAAACGAACCAUGCUGUUGGUUGCAAGGAUCGUUGCUGCUAUGCCCAAGGGAGCGCACAUGUUGGUCGUAGACAGUGCAGGAUCAUUUUCAAAUCUUCAGGUGGGAGGAAGGACAUACAUGGUUUAUAUGCUGUUGGAUCAUCUUAAAGAUCUCGAAGUUGUUUACCAGGACGAUGCAACGUGGUAUAGAUGUCCACCUAGUGUUACCUACCCACUUAAAUUGGAGAACAUGCGCCAUUUUAUUAGAAUCUAUAAAAAACUAUAGAUACCGGUUCUCAACAUUGAGGAAGAGUUGGGGUAUGAAAUUUCUUCAUGAAUUUUAUUUUUCCUUUCUUUCUUCAAUUUGUUUGAGAGUUUAUUGUUCCAU